UGUUACCUACGUACGCUAUACCUUACCUAAGGUGCCUACGUGUAUGUACCUAACUCGCAUCUUGUAUGGCAUCUGCAUGUGUUGUACAUACAUGUACGGAUCCGUACCCCGCGAUAGCUUGCUUCAGGUAUUGUACAUCGGAUAGGUACCUACCCACUCGGUAGUAAAGCUUGGAGCUUGCUUGACUUCUAAACUUCCCAUCUACAUUCUUUAUACGCAGCAAACCCCAAUACGUGCCACCAUGCCUCCUCGACACCAGACUCUCCCGCCAGCGCAGACCUCCUCGGCGCGCGCCGCCCUACAGUCCUUCUACUGCGAGCUCUGUUCUAAAGGUUACUCGCGCAUGAACGACUAUGAGGCUCACCUGGGGAGUUACGACCAUAGUCAUCGUCAGCGCAUGAAGGAUAUGAAGCAAAUGGUUAAGGACCCGACGGCGGGAGCACGCGCAAGAAAAGCCGAAGCUAAAGCAGACGGUCUCAUCAGCAUCAAGCUCGGCGGCGAUUCUAAUCCGAUCGGAACUGGCGGCGGUGGUGGAUUUAAGAAGGGAGGCUUCAAAAAGUCUGGCUUCAAAAGCGCCUUUACGCCUAUCGGUGGAACGGCGGAUGACGAGAGUGUUAAAACAAAAGAGCCGGAUACGAAUACAAGUGCUAACAAAGACGAGAAAGCUAUACCAAAAGAUUUAAGUGCCGAAAGCGAUACGGAAGAUGAAGGUUACGAAGUUUAUGAUCCACGAUUCCCAACGGAUUGACGCGCUGCUGGGCGGAUUGGUACCUAGAUUAAUACUUAGGAUGAGGUGUAGCAUCGCCGCUGGCAUCCACGGCGACGGAGGGUUAUUGAAGUUGUAGGACCUUAGAUCUACGCGAGACUCGGAUCAAAACACAGCCAUGGCACGCCGUGUUAUUGCUGGCAGCCGUACGGAUCCAUCCGAGUAGCUCAGAUGCAACAUAAAGACGGAUGAAGCCUCCUUAGGUGCCAUAGGUUUGAGGCUUAAAGGUAACUAGGCAAACCACAGCGUAAUAUUCAGAUUCACGAUAUUAGAUAUAGGCUACGCGUAUGUACUUUUUAUUCUAGGGCUACAGCCUCAUCCGAAUUAAUGACGGUAUUACCUCAUCCCCCUUCCAAAGGACCCUUACUCUUACUGCUCUCUACCUUACCAAAAAUCCAGCGACAGUAUCCGAACCAACAUAUGUCUUACAGCGCAACUCUUCCUUGCCUCGCUCCUCCAGGGACCGACGGUAAUGAAAAUAUGCGAAGUCUCGAGAAGAGAUGAGGUUCCAAAAAUUCCCAACCCGGCCGAAGCCAAGAUGGAGUGGUCAGUAAAUAGUUUUCAACUAGCAAAAACACGCACUCGGAUUGCUCCUCACUGUGACGCGUAAAGCCCGUGCACUAAGAUGGGGAAGAAAAGAGAAGGAAAAUU